AUUAGUUGGAAAAAAGGGUUUUAAACAGGUCGGGGAUAAUCUGAAAAUGCGCACUGUGAAGAACAACGUAGCACAGCCCAAACUCCCGAGCUGCCAAUGGUUUCCCUCUCGACUUGGUGCCGGUACAUAGCUCACAAGUUCGAAUACUCCGUCUCUCUCAGCUGGAAGAGCUAUAAGGGAGGUCAAAUCAGUGACCGAGAAGUAGGUGAUGUAGUAUGGAAGAAUCUAUUCCAGGGAAAGUUGACUUACUUACACUGGGCUAAAGGACAGGAAAUGGACCCUACAAUAGGAGGACAGGGAGGUACUUUACUUGUCAGAAAGAUCCCAGCUGCAGAUCCAACACGUGUUUUUGUUGGAGAUGUUGUGGUACUGAAGGACCCCCAGAACUUGAGUAGCUUUCUGGUUAGAAGAUUGGCAGCUACUGAAGGGUAUGAAAUGGUAUCUAAGGAUGAAAAAGAGGAACCCUUCAUUCUUGAGAAGGAUCAGUGCUGGGUGUUGGCUGACAAUGAGAAGUUGAAACCUAAGGAGGCUAAUGAUAGUAGAACAUUUGGUCCGGUUCUCAUGUCAAACAUAGUCGGCAGAGUUAUAUAUUGUCUGCGGACAGCUGUAGAUCAUGGUCCUGUGCAGAACAGUUAUUCCAGCAUGCGUAGGGAUUCUCCAGUACUGGAAGUAGAACUGGACGUUGAUGAGAUGACAAAGAAUCACAAAGCAUAAACUAUGCCUGCAUAAAGAUCUGACUCAUUUCAGCUUGUAUGUAUUCUUUCUUUUCUUUUUUUUUUUCCCCCAUAACGUGCACAAUCUCCUGCAGUUUUUCUUUCUGGCACGAGAGAAAAAUAAAAGACAUGAUAUUUAGAAUAGUCGAUUUCGGGAGGGUGGUUGCUUAUUGUUAUGUUGACAGAAAGGGUAAAACUCGGCUCUUGUUUCAGUUGACGAUUAGGCAGCAGGCUGUGUUGAAUUUUGAGUUUUAUGUAGCUUUUUAAACAUUAUUUUGGAACGGUUGAUGGGCUGGAGAAUUUGGCACAAGUAUCAUAAGAAUCAUUUGUAAGUGUAAAACUAUAUGAAUAUAUUUCUUCAAAGCAGCAGGUUGGAAAGAGUCAGUCGGCAUGAUUCCUCAGAGGUAAAA